AGGGCACCAUACUGUCAUCAGCACGUGAUAGAACUGUUUACAUGCUGACCGGCGCGGCGAUGCAUGCAUGAUAAGGUUGUACGGAAUGGACUUUGUAUCUCGUGAUAUGAUCUGACCUGCCGUACGUCGACGCAUCAUCAAAUUAUUUUUCAUCCCACUAAGCGCGCCCCGGUUACUUGCAUUUCUUCGGUAGGUUUGUGUUUAUAGUUCAUACUGUUACUGAAAUUCAGGUUCAAUAGCUGCACCGCGCGAGGACUUUUACAGGUUAACGUUAUCGACACAGUUGAGAAGAUAUGAAAAACUCGGAGCAACCUUCUUUGGCAAGCUGGAUGCCGGCUGGUGCCUAUCCUCACCAUGGCCAAGCCUACAGACCAAUGGCAUCCUCACAGCAGCCGGUGCACAUUCAAGGAGUUUCAACCUUGCAGCGGUUCGCCAUCCAGCGCAAAAGCCUUCUCGAAGCAUACAUCUACUGUUUCUUGUUUGGACUGUUCGGGGUUCACCACUUUUACCUGAAACGGAACCUCUUGGGCUGGUUGUACUUGUUCUCCCUUGGCCUUUUGGGUGUAGGAUGGCUCAUUGAUCUGAUCAGACUUCCCUGGCUGGUGGCAAAGGCUAAUCAGGAAGAGGAGGAGAUGGUCCGGAAUGGCUACUGCGUGGCACGCCAGUAUAACUAUCGCUUCUAUGACCUGCGAGAGAGGACACUUCUAGAAGCUUACAUCAUGUGGUUUCCGAUGGGAUUGUUUGGAUUUCAUCACUUUUACCUGGGACGUACUGGUUUUGGAGUCAUCUAUGCUUUCAGUGCUGGACUCGCUGGCAUUGGAUGGCUGACUGAUAUUUUCAGAAUGCCCUAUCUUGUGCGGGAAACCAAUGAGAAGAUCAGAAAGCUUCGGAAUGGCGAGGUGGUUGAGAUAACAAUGGAGUGCUCCGUGGGUGAUGCAUACCAGCUGGCUUUCCCAUUGGGGAUCUUGGGCCUGCACCAUUUCUACAUGGGGCGAGUCGGCCAAGGGUUGGCCUACCUGUGCACCGGGGGGCUGGCUGGGGUAGGCUGGCUGGCUGACCUGGUGCGUAUGCCUUGCCUCGUCAGUCGGCACAACAGGGAGGUCCAGGAGAACCGUACCUGGACGCGCCACCUCGACGAUGCGUACAUCUAUGCUGUACCAUUUGGCAUUCUUGGUUUUCACCGAUUCUAUCUUAGCGGUCCCGCCAUUGGCCUGUUGUACUUCUUCACAGCCGGCAUCUUUACCAUUGGAUGGCUGGUCGAUUUGGUCCGUAUGCCUUGCCUGGUCCAGGCUGCUAAUAAAAGAGAAAGGCUGCGUUGCGAGAUGUACACUAACCUUGUUAUUCCAAACAACGAGCGUUUGUAUGUGUUCAUCCCGGGUCAAGGAACUCCGGGUCACGGUCAGGGUCAGCCCCCUCUCUCUUAUGGCACUGCAAACCAGACGCACAAUGCCCAGCUCCCAUACGCGACCCAGCAGGGGGGCCUACCUUAUUACCUCAAUCAAAACCAUCACAUGCCGGUCCCUGCUAAUCCUGUGCUGAGUCCCUACGGUGUACCCCCACCCAAUCCACCACAGUAUGAGGGUAUAGCGGAACCUGAGCCAUCCCCUCUCCCUCCCCCCUAUCAGGAGACCAGUGAUUCCUCCUGUCAACAAACCAUGGCAACACCCGCCCCACCUGUUGAGAGCAAGUUUGGGGAGUCGCAAGCUUAAAUGUGGGUACAUGUUCGUGUACACCAUGAUUUUACCGUUGCAUUGUAAGGUGUGGCCCUGAUGGUGUGGUGUCUCCCACAAGUUCAGUCAUUCUGUUUCUUUUCAAAAGGGCUCAGUUAAACUUGGUUCAAGACUGGUUCUAAGUUUUACAUUUUGUUCCAGCAAAUUUGCCAAAGACAUUUUGGAAUUCAAUAUUUUCAUCUCUGGUAAUUAGUCAGAGAAUGUUUCACUAAAGUAAUACAGUAACAAUUAUCUUCACUUUAGUGAUUGUAGCCGUCUGAAUGAUCAGGCAGUGAUGGGAGAUGUAGUCUUUUCUUUCAUUGUUUUGUUGAAUUCUAUAUUCAGAAUUCACUUAAAGUUUUAGGAAAGCUUAUCAUAUCAGGGAUAUCACUUAAAGAUCUAUGUCUUUCAGUAUGAUUUUGUAACUAUUGUCAAGCAAAUAAAUUGUUUGAAAUAUCUGAAUUAAAUUUUUUAGCUUAAUUUUUUUAAACUUUAAAUUUCAGUUCAUUUUAACCAUUUUCGAUCAUCUGGGAUGUGUCUAUAAAUUCUGUAUUGCUUGAAACAUGCUUGGCAUUUAUUCAAAAACAUGGUUUAAGGAAACAAGGGAAAAGGGUUUAAGGAAACAAGGGCAUGUAGCAUAUUAGUAAAAUUAAUUAAAUGUAAAUAUCUGAUAUAGUUUUAUGUGAACUACAUGUAUAAGAUUUUUGGACAAAAUCAAGUUCUUGACAUAACCAAAAAUAAUGAAAGUGUUCAAGGCCAACAUCAACAUGUAUUGUAAUGCUAUGAUGAUUUCAUCUUGUGUAAGUUAUAUCACUGGUUAUGUUUGUUGAGCUUGUUUAUUACAGUCUUUACUUAUUUGGUGAAUGAGGUAUGAGUAGAUACUUUAGUUUGCUAAAUAAACGACCAAAGUUAAAUGUUUAGUUCCA